AUGUGGCUGGCUCGACCUGCUGCCAAAGUUUUGUGGGCAAGGCAUCAAAAGAAAAGGCGUAGAAAGAAAAAUAACCCGAAUUUCGGUAGUCCAAAAAAGCAAGCGAAAAGCAGUAGAGAUCGUUGGUGGUCAGGCAAGGAAACGAACCCUCGGGAAGAACGAUGGUGGUCAGACUCAGGGAGAAAAAUUAGUCCCGAGGAAGAAGAGAUGGAGGUGAGAAGAUUAGCAAGCAAGGAAUCGAGAUUGAGGAAACAAGAUGCCGAAUUUGCCAAGGAAAGGGAACGAUUUGAGAAGAACGUCUACGUUGCCAAACACGAACAAAAGGAAGCUGCUGAAAUAUUAAGAGAGGAACACAAAGAUGUAAAGAGAGCUGAAUCUGAUUUAAGAAGGGGAGAAUCUGAGUUGAGAAGGAAGUAUGCGGCUUUUCGAGCUGAAAGGGAAAAGUUGGAAGACGAAAAGGCCUCGAUCCGAGAAGAGAAAAGGAGUCUUCGUCUUGCGAGGGAAAGAUUGAGGGAGUAUAGUGAAAGGGUGAGGGAAACUAUCGAUAGGGCGGUAGAUUAUGUAGGUGGAUACCACGAAGAAGAUGAGAGGUUGCCGACAAAACAAUUAUGGAUUCGACGGAUAUUAUUCAUAUUUACCGGGUUUCCCAUUAUUGGUCUAUAUAUUAUUGUCUUGACGGGAUGCAUGGCAAAUAAUGUAAUUUCCCGAGCCUUCUUCACCAUCGACGUAUUUAGCGGCGCAUCCGACGAGUUCAUCGUUCCCAAUUUUCGGGUUGGCUAUUUCGGAAUAUGCGCCAUAAUACCCAGCACAGGCAAAGACAUCUGCACGCCCAACUUCCCCUAUGGACGAUCAGCCAGCAGCGCCGCCGCCAUCGUACAAUCUGCUCUCUUCCAAGGAAGCACCGACACAUCCACGGCCAACAACAUCGAACUCGCCGUCGGCAUUCAACAAAAACUCCUCCCACUAAUCCUAAUGCCAUUUAUUGCUUUCACCAUCGGACUCCUAUGGACCAUCUGGACGCUUCCUACAUCUAAAAUGGCAUCGGCGAUAUUGCAGUGGAGCGCGGGUAAUAUGAUGAGUGCAGCGGGGAGUAUCAGUACUGCGGGAGGCGCGAUUCAGUUUGUGACGAGUAGGAGUACGGGGCAGCAGAUUAGUAGGGGGGUUCCGCUGCAAAUUGGUCAGUAUUUGAUUGCGUUGGGUUGUCUGGGGUUUGCGGCUAUGGUGGGGUAUAUUGAUAAGAGGGGGAGGAGGAAGGCACAUGAGGGGUUUAAGAUGCAGUUUCAGGUGCAGGAGUUUAAAGUUUGA